GGUGGAGUCGUGGCCAACCAUGUCUUCCAGAAGCAACAGCUCAGAUGUGACUGAGUUCAUCCUGGUAGGAUUUCCAGGCUCCCUGGGGCUCCACCUAAGCCUUCUAGGGCUGUUCCUGCUGGCUUACACGCUGACCAUCACAGAGAACCUGCUCAUCAUCACAGUGAUCCGCACCAGUCCCUCACUGCACAAACCUAUGUACCUCUUCCUCAGCAACCUGUCCUUCCUAGAGGUAUGGUACAUCUCUGUCACGGUGCCCAAGAUGCUGUUCAGCUUGGUAUCACCCAAGUUCCAGCGCAUCUCCUUCACAGGCUGCAUGGCACAACUGUACUUCUUCUUGGCGCUGGCCUGCACCGAGUGCGCGCUCUUGGGUGUCAUGGCCUAUGAUCGCUAUGUGGCCGUCUGCAACCCCCUUCGAUACCCGGUCAUCAUGAGCCCUGGUCUCUGCAGCCUACUGGCUGGUGGUUCCUGGUUCUCAGGCUUCACCAUUUCCCUGGGGAAGGUCUUCUUUAUUUCUCGCCUGGGUUACUGUGGCCCCAACAUCAUGAACCACUUCUUCUGCGAUGUGUCCCCUCUACUGAACCUCGCCUGCUCCGACAUGUCAGUUGCGGAACUGGUUGACUUCCUCCUGGCACUGCUCAUCCUGUUGGGGCCGCUGGUGUUGACUGUCUUCUCCUACACAGCCAUCCUCAGCACGGUGCUGCGCAUGCCAUCCGCUGGUGGCAGGCAGAAGGCCUUCUCCACCUGCGCCUCGCACCUGGCCGUGGUGGUCAUCUUCUACUCGGCAUCCCUCUUCAUCUAUGCCCGGCCACGUGCCAUUUACUCCUUUGACUACAACAAGCUUGUGUCGGUCGUCUACACAGUGCUCACACCCCUCAUCAACCCGAUCAUCUACUGCCUGCGGAACAAGGAAGUCAAGCAGGCGCUUGACAAGGUGCUGCACAGAGCAGCCCAGGCUCUGAGAGCCUCCUCCUAGGAGGAGCCACACCUCUCCAGACCUGAACCUGCUAACCAGUUCACCAGAACCGAGUCGGAUGAGCAGGCCGGUUGGCACACCCUCCCACCAGUCCCUGAAUCCUGCUUAGAACAACACAGCCAGCUGCCACAACGUGGUUCUCAGGUCCCAGGCCAGGACCCUUUCAGGAUGCAAAGUCUGCGUUCAUGUGAGAAUUCUUUCCAACCAACCGUGAUCAGCCUGUAGCUGCAGCCUCUCUCAUCUGAGGAGAGCAGAACAGACCAUGGCACACUGGAUUCCAGAUGAAGAUGCCAACACACACAGAUCUUCUAGCUCUGCAUACCAUACAGGGGUUGCAACAACCAGCAGCAGCCUUGACCUCCACACAC